AUGCACAGCUACUUGAUGCACUUUUUUGCUUGUUCAGAGAAGGAGAAGUUGGCGUUCGUUUCCAACUUUCUCGGCGGCCAAGCAAAAUCUUGGUUCCACAAGGAACAAUCCUGGAUUCCUUUCAAUAGUUGGAGCGAGGUGAAAGAUGGUUUAUCGUUAAUGUUUGGAAACGAUAGAUAUCAAAAGCGUGUAGGUUUGGAGCUGGAUCGCAAACUAGAACAGUGGAUCAAAGAUUUUGAUCGCAAGCAUCAGAAGUUAGAAAAAACUUUGGGCACAAGUGUCGACGUGCUUCAAGAGAUAGAAUCAAGUGGUUACAUUGUGUUGCAGGCGAAAUUGAUUCCACGACAUGCUUCAGCUUCGAGGGAAACGUUUUCACAGUUUCAGGUACAAGAUUCUUCCUUGGAACCUAGCCUUAAAUUUAGCAAUGAGUCAUUGGAUGCCAUGGAGGAUUCAUCUGUGUUCUGCGAGCAAUCACAUGUUGUUGUUCAUGCUUCAGAAGUGGUUGAGUUUUCUGAGAUGUUCACAAGUGUCAAGAACACACAAUGUGAACUCCAAGUGUUCGAUAAAAUGCUGGUGGGAGACAAAAGAAGGAAACAAAAACAUAAACAGAGAAAGCAUCUUAAGGCUUGGCGGUUUAAGUUCAAAUUGAGGUCAGGUAUUCAGCAGCUCAAAGAUUCUUGUUCUUUUGCUUCUGUUGGAUCAAAUGGGAAACAGAACAGCUUUAAGCCUUGGAGAAGGAUGAGACAGUCACCUCGGUCACAGUUUAUUUGUAAAAUGAGAAUGAGACUGGAUUUAAGAGGACUGUAUCAGCUUUGUUGUGGUGAGGUGAAGUUUCACAUGAAGCGUAAAUGGACCCUGCAACUUCAUAACACAAAGCCUGCAACUUCUCCAAUUUCCAGAAUUCACAAAGACACUGUGAAAUUUCAUAUUGGUAAUUCAUGGUCUGAUUGUGAUGUUGCUGUUUUGAUGGCUAAGGGAGUGCUAUGGUUUCGAGCUAUAAAUGGAAAACCAAUGGCUGCGAGUAUAGUACAAACUCAAGAAACAGAGACGUUUCCAGUGGAAGAUUCAAAUAGGACAGAAGAAGCUAUUCUCCAUAAAGAAUUGGUUGCUCAGAAUCAUUUCAUUCUACAACAAGAAGCGUUUCAGGACCAGAAGUGGUUAACAAUGCUAUGGAGGUGUAAACCUUGGAGAAGGCUGAGACACCCACCUAUUUCAAGGCUGUUGUGCCACAUGAGGGGGAGAUAUGAUUUACAAGGACUGCUUCAGUUUUUCUAUGAGGAUAUGAAGCUCUACCUGAAGCACAAAUGGAGAUCUAAGAGAUUGCAUUCAUUUUCAUCAUUUUUGAUGUUUGAUUUGCAGAGAACCACCCUAUCUGGUCCAGAAUUGGAGUUUACCAUGGAUGCUACAAUCGUGACACAAUUUCUCCAUGGUGAUGAGAAGUUUCACGUGUUGUGGGGUUUGGUCCAUUUACAGUUUGGUGAAUGGAUCAGUCUAAGUGAGCUUGAUUCACUUAUGCCGUAUGAUUUGCAGACAUCUUCUAUAUAUAGUUGUGCAAUGGAGUAUACAAUGGGUGCAAAACUACAGUGGGACAAGAUAGUGAUUCUAAUCACAGAAACUCGAUUACAUCAAAAGUUGUUCAGGAUGCAGAAGGUUGGUAUACAAGAGUCAUCUUCUAUAUGGCACAGCUGGAGACGUAAGACUGUCACAGUUGUUGCGAGCAGUCUGUUCCUGAGAUCACAGGGCCAGUAUUUGUGCCUUGCCACUGCAAUUUUCUCUCUUAAAGCUUGA